AUCUUAAUUCGUAAAUGUCAUUACAACUCCUCCAUUUAAAUAAAAAAUUAUUAAGCACUGUCGCAAAAAGUAAUCUAUAAGAAUAGAAAGCCUCGUAAAAGAUUAAUGAAAUUUUUCUAUUUAGAUUUUAAAUUACUUGUGACUAUAUACAAAAGGACGUUUAUUCGAAUCGGAUCUUGAUAUAAAUCACGGGCGAAACGAUCGGGAAAUAAAAAAAAAUUGUAUGAAUAACACGAUAUAUACUUGUAAUAGUAUGUCCGAAUAAGGAAGUUCGUGGAUCGAAUGAUCGACACAACAAAUUUUCUUCGUAAAGACUUUCACAAAGAUGGGUUUAUUAACGGUAUUGAAGAAAUUGAAGCAGAAAGAAAAAGAAAUGAGAAUUCUAAUGUUAGGAUUGGACAAUGCAGGUAAAACCACAGUUCUAAAAAGAAUAAAUGGAGAACCUAUCGAUACGAUAUCUCCAACGCUUGGUUUUAAUAUAAAAACUUUAGAACAUCGUGGUUAUAAGUUGAAUGUAUGGGAUGUGGGUGGACAAAAAUCAUUACGAUCGUAUUGGAGGAACUACUUCGAGUCUACUGAUGGACUUAUUUGGGUAAUUGACAGUGCGGAUCGCAGAAGAUUAGAAGAUUGUAAGGUAGAAUUGUACAAAUUAUUGCAAGAAGAAAGAUUAGAAGGGGCAAGUCUCUUGAUAUUCGCUAAUAAACAAGAUUUACCUGGAGCAUUAUCAGCGUCGGACAUUGCUGAAAUUUUGGAACUACCUACUAUAAAAAGUCAUCACUGGCAGAUAUAUAAAUGUUCUGCAGUAACGGGAGAAAAUUUAGUGGAGGGUAUUAAUUGGAUUAUCAGUGAUAUUGCAGCAAGAAUAUUUUAUAUUGAUUAACUUUAUCUUUAUCCUAAUAUGUUUAAUUUAUUAUAGAUACACAAAUAGUGCUCAAAAUAAAGUCUAGUGAAAUAAUUCGUAAAAAAAAAAAUAUUUACGUACACGCAAAAUAAAUUUCUAUAUACAUAUAAUUUCAUUCGCUGGCUCUCUUAAUGCGUUUCGUUAUAACAUUAUCAGUAUUUUUCAGUUACUGGAAUAAUUUAUUAUAUGAUAUAUACAAAGUAAUAUGUUUUUGUAUUUAAUAGUUAAGAUGCAUGUAAUCGUUGAUAGUUUUAGUAAUAGUCUUCAUAGAAAUCAAUCAUGUAUUCUUCAACUUCUCUCAUGUCUUUUGGUUCAGGAUACUUUAUGUGGCCAUAAAUAAAGUAAGAUAUGUAGUUAUAAAAUUUUAAA